AUGACAACGACGACGACGCCGACAGCAACGGCGACGAUAUCAACAACACAAUCGGAUUUAAACAGUCUUAUCGCUGAAGCUGAAGAGAAUGCACAAAAACUUGUCCUGAGAAAUUAUAUUCCAACGCUAAUCAUAAUCACUUGUUUUCUUGUCUUUAUAAGCAUUUUUGGUCUAAUUGGCAAUUGGUUGGUGGUGCAUACAAUCGGUCGACAUAUAUUUCGUAGAUUUUUUCACCUAUUAGAACAUUGUCUACGUGUUCUAUGUAUCUGUUGUCGACGAAACAAGCCUCUUGAAUAUCAACAAACCCAAUUACAUGUAUAUCAGUGUCGUGAGGAUGUUAAUCAAAGCCAGAUAACUAACUGCCUCGAUGUAAAUCAGUAUAGAUCACCAAGUCUUGUACCCCUUGGUCAUUUAUCUAAUUCCACUGAAGAGAAAUUACACAGACAACAUGAGCCCGGCACAAAUCAUAAUUUUACUACCACUACUACUACUUUGGCGACGACGAAUGGUUUACCCCAGACAAUUCAACAAACAACAGAUGGUAGUACAGAAUAUUUAGGUGGUAGUCGACAAAAUAUACACCGAUCUUCAUCAGUUAAGCGUCCUACCACACAAACAAAUCUUAACUCUGAUCUAUUAAUUGUCCUCUUAGCGAUUAAUGAUUUAAUUAUUUGUGCUGUCGACAUACCAACAACAAUAUUUCUUAUUGUCUGGGAGACAAGAACAUAUGAUUUUAUGUGUCGUGCACAUGUAACACUGAAAGCAUUCACACUGACUGUUUCUGCACUAUUUCUAGUCAUUAUUGCUUUAGAUCGCUGGUUGCUAAUCUGUUUCAUUCCAUGUAUUAUUAUGACUAAAAGGUGUAUUAUAAAGUUGAUUAUUAUCACGUAUAUAUUAGGUUUAUUAUGGGCAAUUCCAAUGGGAUUACAUCAAGGUGUACAUACGUAUUUUAAAAUAAGUACAGUGGAUAAAUUAGUACCGAAUGAUAUUGAAGCGUAUAUUAUGUUCCAAGAAUUAUCAUCACCAUUGUCAGCAUCAUCAUCAUUACCAACAUCUUCGGUAUCUUCAAUGAAACCCUCUUCAUCAUCAUUUGCAUAUAUUUCAUCAAAAUUUAUUGAUUUGAUUACAUCAUUUACAAAUUAUGGUUAUUGUAAAUCAGAUGAACGUUUUAUUUCGAGCAGUGGUUAUGAAAUCUAUCAAAUGUCUAUCUUGAUUUUAUUCGCAUUUAUAUUCACAUGUAUAUGUUUAUUCUAUGGUUACUUGUUCUUCUUUAUCCUAGUACAUCAAUAUCGUUGGAGAACAAAAUUUGCACCAAGAACUAUUUUAGUUAAACCUAUCGCUCAUGAGAUUAUCCAUGAAAAUUCAAACAAUUCCCCAAAUAACUUUAAUCCUACUCAUAGAAAGAAAAAUUUAUCAAAGACAGCAAUAGAUGAGAAGUAUACCAGGGAAAGAUUUCCAAGUGUACAAAUAGCAGAGGUGAGCACAACAACACCAACCAGUCAACAAGAUCCAUGCAAUAAACGCAUUCGGCAUAGUGAUCCAUUAAUCUAUACACAUGUAGAAAUAGAUAGCUAUAAAAACAUUAAACAGAAUACCCCCAGUGGAAAUCUACAACCGCAUAUAUCAAUCAAUAGACCUGAAGAUAAAAAAACUGUACCUGAGCAAAACAAAAAAUCAAAAAGAUUUUUACUAUUCAAACCAAUGAUGAAAAGACCCACACGACCAAGAUUAUUGCAUCAUAAUCGACAUAUGCGUAGUGCAAUCACCUUCAUCUUGAUAACAGUAAGCUUUCUAAUCUCGUAUUUACCAAGUCUGUUAAUUGCUAAUGGAUUUAUAUGGCCAGUCAAAUGGGAGCUGUCAACAGAUACUACAACCGAUCAGGCAUCAAGUUAUUAUAAUCACCAUCAUCAAAUAAAAAAUACGACAAGUCAUAAUGGUACGUCGCAAAUUCUUACUGAUGAAAGUCCAACUCUGAUUAACUAUGAUGCUUUUCAGUUGGUUAACCCGACAGACAGUUAUCAUUCGAUACAAUCUAAUGAGUAUAUUAAUAAUAACAAUAAUAAUAAUAAUAGUAGCAUAACAUCCAAUGCUGAGAUUAAAUAUCAUCUUAGACGUUUAUUUCACUUUUUAUACUUUAUAAAUUCAGCGGCAAAUCCAUUAAUUUAUUUCUUUUUUAAUUUAAAAUUUCGUGCUGCAUUAAAACGUUUACUGACCAGUAUGAGUUCGUGUUUUACAUUCAAUAAGAAUUGA